AUGACGGACUCUCACGAAGCUACCGUUGCUUUCGAUGAAAAGGCUGGUGCUAAGAAGAUGGUCGUCCUCACGGACGAUACCUUUGAUUCUUGGCGAACCUCCCUAAUCAAUCAUCUUGUCCUCAAGAACCUAGAGGACUUGGUGUUGGGAGGUGAUCCACCGGCUGGUGUCACUGACACUAUCGCACAACGGAAGCGAAUAGCGACGACUAUGAUUCGCAUGUCGCUGGACAAGGACAACGAAUCUCGCUUUGUUGAUCGAAACAAAUUGCGAGUUUUGAACCUCUCGUUUUGUUUGACAACAUUGUCCGGUAUCAUGUCGGAAAGUCCUCCGAAAAUGCAGCCUCCAUUUGGGAUCGAGUGA